CACAUCAAAACUCUCAACGGUCAACCUGAUGAGCACUGGUCAGAAAUUACAAUCAUGGCUUCUUCUUCUAGAUUGCGAUUCUUUCUUUCCCUGUAUUUCUUCUACUAUUUCCAUCUUACCAUUGCUGGUAAGCCAGAAUCUCUGUACCAUGACUGUUAUGUCAACAACGGUAAAUACACCACCAAUAGUACUUACCAGGCAAACCUCAACCACCUUCUAAAUUCCCUCACCAAUACCACCCCCCUAUACAAUGGAUUUUACAGUUCCUCUUAUGGGGAAAAAUCUGACAAAGUUUAUGCAAGUGCAAUCUGCAGACCGGACAUGAAUCCGAAAAGUUGUCAAGACUGUGUAACUUUCGCCACUCGGAACCUGACACUUCUUUGUCCCAACUUUAAAAUGGCAAUCGGCGGAUACGAUGAUGGAAGCUAUACUAAUUGUAUGUUGCGUUAUGCAUUUUAUAACUAUAUUGGCGUAAUGGAAAAUGCUCCUUAUUUUUUUGUGUAUUCGCUAAGAAACAUCACGGGAAAUUUUGAUAAGUUCAAUAAAAAACGGCAGAGCUUGUUGCAGACGCUAAUAAGUGAAGCUGCAGCUCGGGGUCCUCUCAAGUAUGCUACUGGAAAAGAACCAGUUUCAGAUACUGUAACAUUAUAUGGACUUGUUCAGUGCACCCCUGACUUAACAGAAAGUCAAUGCAAACAGUGCCUCAUUGAUGCUAAUAAACUUCUGCCAGAUUGUUGUGAAACAAGGCAAGGCGGCAGAGUAAUUACCCCAAGCUGCAGUUUCAGAUACGAGAUAAACAAAUUCUACAAUUCUGCGAUUGAAGAACCUCCAGUCUCCUCUCAAACACCACCAACCAAUACCACAGCCCACCAAGGAAAGAAGAAGUAUAUUUUCGCCUCCACCUCCGGCGCCAACUAAUUCUGCAGCAUCGACAGGAAAGCAGAGCAACCUGUCUCAAACUGUCCUCCAUAUCGCAGUUCCCUUGUUGCUUUUGCAAUUUUGUAAUGUGCUUCAGGAAUUUACUUUUGGUAAAUUUCAUCUAUCUAUCUAAAUAAUGUUGAUGUGGCAAUUAAUAAGGCUUUUGGCAAAA